AGUUGAAAUCAUCUGAACAAAUCAACAUGUCUGGACGUGGUAAAGGAGGAAAGGGACUCGGAAAGGGAGGCGCCAAGCGUCAUCGCAAGGUCUUGCGUGAUAACAUCCAAGGAAUCACCAAGCCAGCAAUCCGUCGUCUUGCCCGCCGUGGUGGUGUCAAGCGUAUCAGCGGUCUCAUCUACGAGGAGACCCGUGGUGUCCUCAAGGUUUUCCUUGAGAAUGUCAUCCGUGAUGCCGUCACCUACUGCGAGCAUGCCAAGAGGAAGACCGUCACCGCCAUGGAUGUCGUCUACGCCCUGAAGAGGCAGGGACGUACCCUCUACGGAUUCGGAGGUUAAGAAGUAUUUUUCUUCUAACCAAACAACCAAACCGGCUCUUUUCAGAGCCACCAAAUAUCCAAGAAAGAAACAACUAUUUCAAUCUCGAAUGUA